AUAAACCCUAGCCAGCCAGAGCAAGUGUUUCACUUUCUCUCCCUGCUUCUUAGCGAUGAGGCCUCCUCUUAGUCGUGGUGGUGGCGGUUUUAGGGGCAGGAGUGAUGGAGGGAGAGGAGGAAGAGGUAGAGGUGGAGGUGGAGGUCGUGGAGGAAGAGGUGGCCGAGGUGGUGGUGGUGGUGGAGGAAGAGGCUUUGGUGGUGGUAGAGGAAGAGGCCGUGGUGGUGGCGGUGGAAGAGGAGGAGGUAGAGCUGGAGUUCAAGGUGGAAAUAAGGCUGUGAUUUUGGCUCAUAGACAUGAAGCAGUUUUUUACAUGAAGGUUAAAGGAGACGAUGUUCUUCUUACUAAGAACAUGGUUCCUGGUCAAUCUGUCUACAACGAGAAAAGAGUUAAUUCGCAGAAUGAAGAUGGAACAAAAGUUGAAUACAGGGUUUGGAACCCAUUCCGUUCAAAGCUGUCUGCCGCCAUUCUUGGUGGUGUUGAUGACAUAGGGAUGAAACCUGGUGCUAAGGUUCUCUACCUUGGGGCUGCUUCUGGAACCAGUGUCUCUCAUGUGUCUGACAUUGUUGGCCCUACUGGAGUGGUUUAUGCAGUCGAGUUUUCUCAUAGAAGUGGUAGAGAUUUGCUUAACAUGGCAAAGAAGCGCACGAAUGUUAUCCCAAUCAUUGAAGAUGCUAGACAUCCUUCUAAGUACCGAAUGCUGGUACUUGGCAUGGUGGAUGUGAUAUUUUCUGAUGUUGCUCAGCCCGAUCAGACAAGGAUUUUAGCACUGAAUGCUUCUUAUUUCUUGAAAGCUGGAGGUUGGUUCGUUAUUUCUAUCAAGGCCAAUUGCAUAGAUUCCACAGUACCUGCUGAGACCGUUUUUGCUAUGGAAAAGGAUAAGCUAAAGGAGAAUCAGCUCAAGCCAUUUGAGAGCAUUACUCUUGAACCUUAUGAGCGCUACCAUGCUUGUUUUAUUGGUCAAUACCGUGCCCCAAAAAGAUCAAAAACUACUUCCUAAGGAUGUGGUGCCUCCUAUUGCCUUGUUAUAGGUUCUCGAUUGUCUUCCAUUCUUGCAAGGAAAGAUACAGUUUAGAUUUUUGUUAUAACUCAAUACCUUUUUUGUUAAGUUUUACAAGCCUCUGGUGGAUUUGCUUUCUUGGAUACUAUUUUGAAUUGGAACUCAUUUUAUGUUAAACCCUUC